UCGCCCCCGUUGAACAGACGCGCACCGGCAUCGGGCAGAAGAGGAACCGACAACCCGUCAGGAAACAAGCAGAAGAAACAGAGGAAGAAAGAAAGAUGAGAGAAAUCGUUCACAUCCAGGCGGGACAGUGCGGGAACCAGAUCGGGACCAAGUUUUGGGAAGUGAUCAGCGACGAGCACGGCAUCGACCCUGCGGGAAACUACGUGGGUGACUCGAGUCUUCAGCUGGACAGAGUCAACGUCUACUACAAUGAAGCAUCCUCACAUAAAUACGUCCCCCGGGCUGUGUUGGUGGACCUGGAACCAGGAACCAUGGACAGCGUUCGCUCAGGAGCCUUCGGACAACUCUUCAGACCGGACAACUUCAUCUUCGGUCAGACAGGUGCGGGGAACAACUGGGCCAAAGGUCACUACACGGAGGGGGCGGAGCUCGUGGACUCAGUCCUGGACGUAGUGAGGAAGGAGUGUGAGCACUGCGACUGUCUCCAGGGUUUCCAGCUGACUCACUCGCUGGGGGGCGGCACCGGCUCAGGCAUGGGCACCCUGCUGAUCAGCAAGAUCCGGGAGGAGUAUCCCGACCGGAUCAUGAACACCUUCAGCGUCAUGCCGUCACCUAAGGUGUCGGACACGGUGGUGGAGCCCUACAACGCCACGCUGUCGGUCCAUCAGCUGGUCGAGAACACAGACGAGACCUACUGCAUCGACAACGAGGCUCUGUACGACAUCUGCUUCCGCACUCUCAAACUCACGACGCCAACCUACGGCGACCUCAACCACCUGGUGUCGGCCACCAUGAGCGGCGUGACGACUUCCCUCCGUUUCCCCGGACAGCUCAACGCAGAUCUCCGCAAGCUGGCCGUCAACAUGGUGCCUUUCCCCAGACUCCACUUCUUCAUGCCGGGGUUCGCUCCUCUGACGGCGAGGGGCAGCCAGCAGUACCGGGCCCUCACCGUUCCCGAGCUCACCCAGCAGAUGUUUGAUGCCAGGAACAUGAUGGCGGCCUGCGACCCUCGCCACGGCCGCUACCUGACCGUUGCCACCGUCUUCCGCGGGCCCAUGUCCAUGAAGGAGGUGGACGAGCAGAUGCUGAACGUCCAGAACAAGAACAGCAGCUACUUCGUGGAGUGGAUCCCCAACAACGUCAAGGUGGCGGUCUGCGACAUCGCUCCGCGCGGGCUCAAGAUGGCCGCCACCUUCAUUGGCAACAGCACGGCCAUCCAAGAGCUGUUCAAGAGGAUCUCAGAGCAGUUCUCCGCCAUGUUCCGCAGAAAGGCCUUCCUGCACUGGUUCACGGGCGAGGGCAUGGACGAGAUGGAGUUCACUGAGGCGGAGAGCAACAUGAACGACCUGGUGUCCGAGUACCAGCAGUACCAGGAGGCCACCGCCAACGACGGCGAGGAGAACUUUGAGGACGAGGAGGACGAGAUCAACGAGUAAGGAGACCGAACACGAGCGGUAAAGGUCUGAGAGAACACUGGUAGAGGCAUCAUGGGAGGUCAGGUCCAGCUGUUCUCACACAAAGAGACAGUUAGUCAACGGUGAACUAGUUCGUUUGAGUUUUGAGAACUGAUUCUUUUGGGAAAGUAAAAACAUUAAACAGCUGCAUGAAUCCAGUUGUUCAGACGAGUAAUUCUUGGGCACUGAUCAGAAAUCUGGAUUUAAAAAUGGUUUCUGGUUCCUUAUAAAGGGAGUAAGUUAUUAUUUUAUUAUUUUAUAAACCUGAAAUCUGAUGGAAUGACAAAAAAAUUCAUCAACUAAUUCAUCUAAAGUGAAAAUACUCGUUAGCUGUGUCCUUAAAAACAAGCAGGACGAGCUUUUCUAAUCUAAAACACCACUGACGAACUGUCAGUGUGUUCCACCACAGGUUUGUUUUUCUAUUUAUCAAACUUCAUAACUUCUACAAUAAACAACUUUUAUAUACUUUUAUCUGAGGAGGUGCACACUUCAACAUAACCCUACAUUUUCCCUGGUUUCUUCUGACAAUAAUAAAAAUCCUCCUCGAACGUUAACAUGUCGUCUUUGUCUAAAAGAAAUCAAACUUUAACCACAGAGGCAUCAGAUCAGAAAACACUUGUGUCGGUGUUGAAGACGGUGAUAAAUGACCCGUCUGUUGUUUGAUACGAUCGUCUGUUGAUCGACCACGACACUAAAUGUUUGGUCGCAGUUGGUAAAAUAAAAACCUGAUAUAGAAACGCACCGACACGAAACUCGAAACCUUAAAGGGGAAAGAAAGAUGAUAGAUAUGAUGAUGAUAGAUAAACAGACACACACAGGCUGCAAGAUCCCGAUCAACACUGUUUGUAUUGUGUUUGAGUGUUUGUUGUUUUCAAACUGUGACUUUUGUA